UAGUCCACCUCGUGGCUUCUUCACAGACGCCUGCAUGAUAAUCCCAAUCUGUGGCCAUUAGUGCUCUGAGAGACUGAGUGAGGAGAGGGUUCACAGAGCGAGUGAGCUGAAUAGAGGAGGAGGAGCACCCGAGCAGGGAUGCACACACAGAGGGAAAAGAAGGAGCGAGAGCAUGAGAGAGCUUUUAAGGGAUUUGCCAGUGAUUUGUAGAAUCUCACUGCUGUGAUAUUGUACUUUUCCCCACCCUGCCCCACACUUGUCUUCAACUCUGCCAUGAUAUCAUACUAAAGGCUGAAAAAUCAACGUUUCAUUUUGGGUUUGGUGAAUCUCAAUUUCAAGUUUUUAGUGUGCUCUGCUAUUUUUGCAAGUGUGAUGAUAAAGGAUCUAUAUUUUGUGUGGAGAGGAGAGCCUUGCCUCUGAGAUAGACUCCCACUUUGGAGCAAAUAUGGAUAAGAGCACGUUUGAGGGAUAAAAUCAAGAUUGGUCCAUGAAGAAUGGGCAGGUGUCAAAGGUAGAAGGAGAGGUGUGGUGCUCCGAGUACCUCUGCUGUUCAGCAACAUGACAUCAGAAGCCUUCUCAUCCCAUCAGUGCAGCUGGCUCGGGAAAUUGUCCGGACUGUUGUGGAUGCUAAUGGUAGGGACCCUUCCGGGUUCGCGGGCCCAACAGGGCACCCAGCCUCAGUCUCUCAAAAUUGAGGGUGACAUCACCCUGGGGGGUCUGUUCCCAGUGCACUCUCGAGGGCCAGUGGGAGUGCCCUGCGGAGACAUUAAGAGGGAAAAGGGAAUCCAUCGAUUGGAAGCCAUGCUGUACGCCCUGGACCAGAUCAACAGUGAUCCGGAUCUGCUGCCCAACAUCACAUUGGGAGCCCGAAUACUGGAUACCUGCUCCAGAGAUACUUAUGCACUGGAGCAAUCGCUCACUUUUGUCCAAGCCCUCAUUCAAAAGGACACGUCUGACGUGCGCUGUUCCAAUGGAGAGCCUCCAAUCAUCCCCAAACCAGAGAGGGUGGUUGGUGUAAUUGGGGCAUCUGGCAGCUCUGUAUCCAUCAUGGUGGCCAACGUGCUUCGGCUAUUUUCGAUCCCCCAAAUCAGCUAUGCCUCCACUGCGCCGGAGUUGAGCGACAAUAGCCGAUAUGAGUUCUUCUCCCGUGUGGUACCUCCUGAUUCUUACCAGGCCCAGGCCAUGGUGGACAUCGUUAAAGCCAUGGGCUGGAACUACGUCUCAACUCUAGCAUCAGAGGGCAACUACGGCGAGAGUGGAGUCGAUGCUUUCCUCCAGAUAUCCAGAGAAGCAGGGGGGCUGUGUAUUGCACAGUCCAUAAAAAUUCCAAGAGAGCCCAGAACUGGGGAGUUUGAAAAGAUCAUCAAGAGACUGAUGGAGACAUCGAAUGCUCGUGGGGUCAUCAUCUUUGCCAAUGAGGACGACAUCAAGCGAGUGUUGGAAGCUGCCAAAAAGGCCAAUCUGACCGGCCACUUUCUAUUUGUUGGCUCUGACAGCUGGGGGGCCAAGAAUUCCCCCAUCCAAGACCAGGAGGAAGUGGCGGAGGGUGCCGUCACAAUCCUGCCAAAAAGAGCCUCCAUUGACGGAUUCGACCAGUACUUCACGUCAAGAUCUCUGGAAAACAAUAGAAGAAACAUUUGGUUUGCUGAAUUUUGGGAGGAUGACUUCAAGUGCAAACUAACACGGCCUGGCAUCAAAUAUGAAGCAGACAGAAGGAAAUGUACAGGUGAAGAAAGAAUAAGUCGAGACUCUCAGUAUGAACAGGAGGGGAAGGUGCAGUUUGUGAUCGAUGCAGUCUAUGCAAUGGCUCACGCCUUACACAGCAUGCACAUGGACCUGUGUCCCGGCUCGAUGGGCGUUUGCGACAAGAUGGAUCCCGUGGAGGGACGCAUGCUCCUCCAAUACAUUCACUCCGUCAAUUUUAAUGGAAGUGCAGGAACUGGUGUGAUGUUCAACGAGAAUGGAGACGCACCUGGUCGAUAUGACAUCUUCCAGUACCAGCUUUCCAAUGUCAGUAACCCUGGCUAUAAGGACAUUGGCCAAUGGACAAACAACCUCCGACUCAAUCCAGAGGAGAUGCAGUGGUCAGGCGGUGACCGCAAGAUCCCAGAUUCCGUGUGCAGCUUCCCAUGCGAGCCCGGUGAGAGGAAAAAGAUGGUGAAGGGCGUUCCCUGCUGCUGGCACUGUGAGCUUUGUGAUGGCUACCAGUAUCUUCUGGACGAGUUCAGCUGUGACAUGUGCGCCUUCGACAUGAGGCCCCUUAAAAACCGUACAGGGUGCCGGCCCACGCCCAUCAUCAAGUUGGAGUGGAGCUCUCCCUGGGCCAUAAUCCCUGUCUUCCUGGCAAUUCUGGGCAUCCUUGCCACCACGGGGGUGAUCGGCACAUUCAUCCGUUUUAAUGACACCCCUAUUGUUCGCGCCUCCGGCAGAGAGCUCAGCUAUGUGCUGCUGACGGGCAUCUUCCUCAUUUACCUCAUUACUUUCCUCAUGAUUGCUGAGCCCAGUGUAGCAGUGUGCGCUUUCCGGAGGCUGCUUCUGGGGCUUGGAAUGUGCAUCAGCUACGCCGCCAUGCUGACAAAAACCAACCGGAUCUACCGCAUCUUUGAACAGGGAAAGAAGUCGGUUACACCACCAAAGUUCAUCAGUCCGACUUCUCAGCUCAUCAUCACCUUCAUUCUUAUCUCCGUGCAGGUGCUUGGUGUGUUCAUUUGGUUUGGCGUGGUGCCCCCGCACACCAUCAUAGACUAUGAAGAACAGAAGCCUCCGAAUCCCGAAUUUGCCCGAGGAGUUCUCAAGUGUGACAUGUCCGAUCUGUCCCUCAUCCUGUGUCUGAGCUACAGUAUUGUUCUGAUGAUCACCUGCACAGUGUACGCCAUCAAGAGCAGAGGAGUUCCUGAGACCUUCAAUGAGGCGAAGCCCAUUGGCUUCACCAUGUACACCACCUGUAUCAUCUGGCUGGCCUUUGUACCCAUCUUCUUUGGAACUGCACAAUCUACAGAGAAGAUGUUCAUCCAGACUACAACCCUGACGGUGUCUAUGAGCCUGAGUGCCACAGUGUCCCUGGGCAUGCUCUACAUCCCCAAAGUCUACGUGAUCAUCUUCCACCCGGAGCAGAACGUACAGAAGCGAAAGCGUAGCUUCAAAGCCGUGGUGCAGGCAGCCACUGUGUCCACACACCUAUCGCAGAAAUCUAACGACAAACAGAACGGAGAGUCAAAGAUUGAGCCAGACAGGUCACAGUAAAAGAGACUCAAAUGAGAUAUUCAUCACAUGACAUCACAAGCGCUCUUACUGACAUGAUCAGUCAAACAGAAGAAAAGAAGCAUUUACAGCAUCUUGGGCGAUGUUCUCCCCCCUCCUUUUUAGCUAUGACACCAGCAAUGUUCCUAGAUUUCUUUAUUCUCCAUGACUAUUUCACUCUGGACCCAUCUGCUCUGAAGAGCUCACCUUGACGAAAAUGAUAAAAUUAACAGAACUUAUUGUGAAGGAACGUUAACUACCACAGCAAGGAUUUUUUUGUUUGUGUACACUAUUCACAAAAAGUUAGAGAUAGUCGACCUUCAGGUGAACUUUCACAAUGAACCUAAACACACUAUGACAUUCACAGGUGAACUUAGUUUGACCUCUAAACCUUUGAAUGCACAAGUCAAAUUUUCCAGUACCUUUGCACAAGUUGCUUCUCUCUAACGAGGAGCUGAAUGGCGAAAUUCACUCAUGAUUCUUUUUUUUUUUUUUUUAUUUCCAACGAUGUCCACUUCUGUGCCUUUUUGUGAUACUUCCAGUCUCUCCGUAUCUCUGUUGCAACCAGCUGAUGACACUCUUAAGCUCAGUGGCCAUUUCCCUUUGUGAACAUCCUGUUUAAAGCCUAACAAUGGCAUGGUACUGUUGAUCAAUUAAUAGGUGUUGUCUAGGUCUUGUGAUGUCAAAAUGUAAACUGCAUGAUGAAGAGGACUGCCUCAAUACUAAAUCCAAUCAGCCAGAGCGUGUUCAAUAAAUGGGCAUUCAAUCAAUGUGUGUGUGUGGGGGGGGGGGGGGGGGGUGUCACAUUUUAAUUAGAGAUGCACAAUAAUUAUCGGGGCGCUACAAUAUUGGGAAAAAUGACAUCACACUCAUCGGGUCCGAUACCACAAAAAACUGGACUGAUAACUAGUGUCGUAUAAUUCAACGGUGCGUUGGUUGCCACAGACAGCCUGCUGCAUUGGCUCCUGACAGUCAUGUACAACCCCAAUUCCAAUGAAGUUGGGACGUUGUGUUAAACAUAAACAAAAACAGAAUACAAUGAUUUGCAAACCAUGUUCAACCUAUAUUUAACUGAAUACACUACAAAGACAAGAUAUUUAAUGUUUAAACUGCUAAACUUUUUGGUUUUUAGCAAAUAAUCAUUCACUUAGACUUUUAUGGCUUCAAAUAUCUUGCCUUUUUAGUGUAGUCAAUUAAAUAUAGGUUGAAUAUGCUUUGCAAAUCAUUGUAUUCUGUUUUUAUUUAUGGUUAACACAACGUCCCAACUUCAUUGGAAUUGGGGUUGUAUAUUAUGACCAAAAUUCUUCACUUACAACACCAAAAACAGUCAAUAUCUGCAGUAAAUUAGCUUUUUAUUGCCAGCACUGAAAUUACGCCCAUCCAGUAACUUUGAGUUUGUAACUACGACACUCGCGGCAAGACCCAGUGGCCUACGAAGUAGCGGCCUUGCUUAGGAGCUCAAGCUUACAGAGGAGCAAGUGGGGGCGGUUUGGCCAUAUGCGGACGUACAAUUGGGCUAAGGUAACAAACAGCUAAACCUCGCAAACGCCGCUCCUACAGUUGUCCAGUGGAUAGUACUUUAAAUCAUCUACAAAUGGAACUAACAUCAAAACACACAAUGGGCCUCCUUCAUUGGGCAGGAAAAGCGCAAGUGCGUAUCCAUCAAUGAUGCGCCUCUAACGGCUUGCUCAACACCAACACUC